GCCAGUGUGAGCUGAGACUGGUUGAGUGAGUGCUCAGGAUGGGGAGAGUUGUCCUGGUGACAGGGGCUAACAGUGGAAUAGGCCUGGCCCUGUGUGAGCGCCUCCUGAGCGACGAUGUUCAGCUGCAGCUCUGUCUGGCCUGCAGGAAUGAGCAGAGGGCUGCGGCGGCCCGUCAGUCCUUACUCGUCUCUCAUCCUGAAGCUCGUGUUUCUCUGGUUCGGCUAGAUGUGGGCAGUAUGAGCUCUGUCCUCAGAGCUGCCGAGGAGAUCAGACAGAGAUACAACAGGCUUGAUUAUAUCUACCUUAAUGCUGGGAUCAUGCCUAGUCCACAGGUGGAUUUUAAGGCUCUCUAUAAAGGCUUGUUUUCCAGUAAGGCUGUCCACAUGUUUUCUACGGGAGAAGGUCUCCUGACGCAGAAAGACACUGUCACAUCUGAUGGCCUACAGCAAGUGUUUGCUACCAACCUGUUUGGCCACUUCUUCCUGGUUCGGGAAUUGGAGCCCCUCUUAUGCCAACCAGGCCACAGCUCUCUGGUGGUCUGGACCUCGUCUAGCAACGCACGCCGCUCAGCUUUCAGUCUUGAAGACCUACAGCACAAGCAAGGCUUAGAACCCUACAGCUCCUCUAAAUACGCGUCUGACCUUCUCAGCCUGGCCCUGAACCGCCAUUAUAACAGCCAGGGUCUGUACUCAUCAGUGAUCUGCCCUGGAUUGGUGAUGACUAACCUUACAUAUGGCAUCCUACCCUCCUUCUUCUGGACCCUUAUCAUGCCUAUAAUGUGGCUGAUAAGAAUCUUCACCAAUACCUUCACCCUCACACCUAAUAACGGAGCCGAGGCUUUGUUUUGGCUGUUCAAGCAGAAACCGGAGUCGCUGGAUCCAACGGUCAAAUACCACAGCUUAACCUCGGGACUGGGAGACAAAUACACACAGCCUCGCAAGAUGGAUAUCGAUGACAGUAUGUCCGCAGCACUCUACAAGAAACUUCUAGAAAUGGAAAAAACUGUGAGAAAGAAACUGAGAGAUGAAGAUGUCGAACAUGCAAAAUGAAUAAACCAAGUAUAAAGUGUUAAAGCUUUUACAUUAACAUACCUCUAGUAUGUGUGUAUACGGUACAGGAAAAGAAAAAUGGUAUGAUGUAUAUUUUAUUAAUAUAAAAUUAAUAACAUCAUCAUAUUCUUAUUAUAAUAUUAUCAUAUAUAUAUAUAUAUAUAUAUAAUGUAUAGCAAUAAAUUUUGUAUUUAAAUAUUUAGACAAGUUUUUCUUUUCCUGAAGUGUGUACACAAUUUUUGGCUGACUCUACACACACACAUACACACACACACACACACACAUACACACAUGUAUAUUGAUAACACUUAGGUGCUGAUGUAACUUGUAUUGCAAUUCUGUUCAUAUCACAUUUUACCUAAAUAUCCUGAUAUUUUGGAUUUUGUCACAAUAAAAAAAAAGUCAGUAAAUGAUUUGCUAUAUAUUUAUUUCAAAUAUCGACUUUGAAGUCGAUCCAUGAAUUGCGACACUAAAGAAUUUUGAUGCAUAAAUGAAUCCCCCAUCUCUAGUUAUUACUAUGCAUAAAAAUAUGUCGUGUACAUGUGUGCCUUAUGUGGUUUCUUUUUAACCAUUUCACAAAAAAAAUUCUGAAAAUAAAAUAUUUUUUUAAAUCCA